CGAAAUGAUAAACGGCCAGACGAAACUCUCGUGCAAGAAAGGAUCUAAUCUAUAAUGUAACGCAAUCGUUGACGCGCUGUGCCACGUUGAAGGUUCCCGAUCGCGGCAUCUUGACAUUUUAGUGUCGUUAAAACUGCGAAACUCGACUGGGGCAGCUAUGAACUUGUGACAGUGUCAAACAAUCUUUAUUUCAAAAAGAUAUGAGACGGUAAAUGGAAAGACAAUGCUGAAUACGAUAUUACGAGUCGUUUGUGAAAACCAUGUGACGUUACAAAAAUCUGUAAUAUCAGAGCGAAACGAGAAAAUUCUGUUCCAUUGAAUUGAAUAAAUUUAAAUAAAUUACAAAGUGAAAUUGGAAAAUAUAAAAUAAUGAAAACAAAGACAAACGCUGAACACAUUGUUGGGAAUCGUUUGUGAAAACUACGUUUCUGACGUGACGUUUCAAACAUCUGUAAUAUACCGCAGUAAUCAAUUUCGGUGACUGGACGACCGAAAAAUAAAACGAGAAAGUCUUGUUCUAUUAAAUUAAAACGUGCGCGCGCGUUUACCAUCGGUUACCAUUGUACUCGUUGCGAGGGAAAAGGCGAGCGGCGAGAUAUUUUAAAAAUUUAACGACGCUGUAAACGCGCUAAGAGUAUGCUAAAGAUAUCUCGAUCUGAGGCGCUGUCGUAAAUCAUGAAAAUACUAAAACUGAAGGAUUUAUGCCGUCUAAUAAAUAUAACAGUAACAAGUGCCAGCAAGUGUAACAUAAAUAAGUAGAUAACACUAUACGUAAUGAAGCACAAUACAUAUUUGUAUUAUAUCAGGGCUACCCAUAUAAGUAAUAUCGUUUUUUGAUGCAAAAUUUUAUUCUAUUUAAGAAUUAAUACAGUUUUAAUCUAUAAUGUAAUUUAACAAUAAGUAUACUAGAUGCCAAUGUAUUUAACUAUAUAUGUUAUGUUGAAUAACUAUAUAGAUUGUGUUAUAAUAAGUUAAAUUAUUGUCACUAGAUGGCAAUGUUUAUUAAAUUUGAAGAAAUUAUUACGGGUAACGUAGAUAUGUUCAUAAUUGCCAUUUCCCUCAAUGUCACAACAAUAAUAAAUGCUAGCAAAUAUAACGUAACAAGGUAGACAACACAAUAAAAUGAAGGACACUUGCGGAGAAAUGGGACUGGCGGAGAGAGAGGCCGAAAUGCAGGAGCUAGAAACCUCAAGACCCGGUCGAUCGCGAGACCUGUUCGGUGUGCAGCUCGAGCAAGGGCAUCGAACUCCGACGUUCGACGUUCGGUAUCCUUGUCGAGGCCAGAGACGAAUUCGACCCGGAAUCGAUAGGCCACCAUUCACCGUGCAAGGUGGUACUUUGCAAAUUCAAUAGUCACUUUUGCCGAGAGCGCGAGCACGGGCCAGUGAGAGGCACGACCCAGAAAACGCGCCAGUACUAGAACAAAUGGCCACUUGAAACCGAAACAGCCAAAGAAAGUCCGUUGCACUCUCUUUUUUCGCCGAUCGAUCGAUCGAUUCGUUGAUCUUGCCUCUCUGUCUCUCACUGAUUCCUCCACGAAUCUGGAUUAACUCUUCCAAAAAUUUUUCCUCGUCUUUUCGUGGAUUCGAGUUUUAUUGAAAUUAUUAAAAAUAUUAUUGAAGAACGAUUAAUCGUGAAAUUUGUUCACAGAACAAUGUGGAUUCAAUCCAAUUUCAAAAUUUACAUUACCA